AUGUUCAGUGGCGCUGUUGGGCGUGUUAUGGUUUUGCCACCUCGCGGUGCCGAAGUUUUCAGAUACCAUCCUGGAGAUUGGAGGUCCGGUGCAUCAAGGCGCCUUUCUAGGUUUCGAUGGAGCUUGCAACAUGCAGAAGGAGUUCUGGCGGAUGCUGCCCUGGAUGAGUUCCAGCAGGAGUUGCCUCACUGGUGGCAGAGAAUAGGCGACUACUUCUUGAGACCUGUUGCUGGCGCCUUGCCGAAACGACUUCGAAGUUCUCCCUGGUCUUUCCUUCGCACAGAGAAGGUGCUGCGAGGAAACGGGCUGGUGAAGAGCGAAGGUGGUCACUCCUUUCGCAACUUGCGUGCCUGGCUGGAGGAAGUUUGCAGAGUUUUGGGCCUAUCGCAAACGAGAAAAGCUUCGUCACGUUGCCCGCAGCUCUGGAUCGACGAGGCUUGGCCACCGAGCCGGCUCACUCCGCGAAGCAAACGUUCUGCGCCCAUCUGGAUCUUGCCGGCCACGGAGCAAAAUGCACUAGUCGUCCAGAUGAGCUUGCUCAAAGAGUAUCGGCCGCAGGAGAUCAAAGCGCUUAUGGGCUUCGAGGUGGGCCAGCUGGUUCUGAGACGCUUGCCAGCUGUCAUUCCGCAAGAGCUCCGUGAGCCUCUUACUUACGGAAUCUUUGCUGCGCGGGCGUAUGAUGCUCUUUGUCAAGUUACGGAGCCGAACCAAGCCUUAGCCGGUGCACCGCCCUGGAUACGAAGAAUGCUGACGGGUCGUGCCCGGUCCUGGAAGCGUCCGUACUCACACACGGGCACGACAGCAGAAUUCGAAGCCCUGGGCGUGAUUCUCCGUCGACUCGUUCCAGGCCCACUACUUCCGCCUAUUUUUGCUGGGCUCGCCGUCAACAGCAAUGAGAUCGCAGAAGCUCUGGAGCACCGGAAACCCCCGAAGUGGCAGCUCAGGGGAUCCCCAGCACCGCAGCCUUUGCGAGAUCUUGCUGGGAAUGCAUUGGUGCUAGCACUGAUUCGUCUUUUCAGCGGUUCGAGGGGAAGGUCUUAUGUGCUCACCCUGGACCGCGCCGCAGCCCUGGCCGCCGGGGAUGCAACGGCUGCGGCCAGUGCUCUGCUGAGAGUCCACCGGCUCCUGCCGCCGCAGCAGACGGAUCUGCGGCGAACGCUUGGCAGUGUGGCUGACAUGGCUCACGAGAGGAUAUGGGCUUAUCGGCAAGAGGCGCUGUUUCAGAACCCCAGGGAGCCGCCCCCAGCUGUGCGAGUGGCGGAGCUCUUGAGCUGGUCCCAAACGGAUCAGGCCAAGCGUCUCAUUGCCUUGGCCGAGAUGCGACGAAAGCACAGCUGGGAGACCUCGAGCUGGGAGACAUGGGCCCCGGGUCUUCGGCCCUGGGGAUCAUUUUCAUCUGCGUUUUGGAAGCCCUGGAUGGGCUACUGGGCUUUGUCUAUCUUGUGGCUUCCUUUCGCCUUGACUUCAAUCGAUGCAGUCCGCUGGGCCUCCUGGGUGACUCUGUGUCUCACAGUCUUUGGCCUGCUGCUGCCGCUCUUGCAGUUUAUUGGGGCUCCCACGCUUCCCUUCAUGUCCAUCAGCACCUUGUGGACAUCCCUCUUGCUGUAUUCGUUGAUUGCCGGAAGUAUUUGGUGGAACCACCUCCUGGGCGGUGCACGUCGCUGGGCCGUUCUGAGCGGCCAGUUGGCUGCUCAACUCGUAGAUCAAGCAGAUGCUGCAACUGGCAUUGCUUUCCUUACGAGGGAUUGGGCGGAGAUGGCGCGGCGUUCCCUGGCAGCCCUUGACCAGGAGCUCUGUGGCAGCUGGAGGACGAGCCUUCAUGAGCUGGCGUCAAAGUUGGCAGACCUCCGGCAAGAGCUCGAGGAUUCCACUCCUCUCAGCAACGGCAACGGCGUGCAGAAGACCCUGAAAGAUGGCGAUCACAGCGACGAGGCCGAGGACGAUCAGGGAGGACACAGGCAGCUCGUCCCAACCCCGGCCUUUGCAGAGACAUUCAAGGCCACAGGGGCCGCCUGCGAGGCCCUGUGGCUCAGCCUUGUAGAAAUCCUUAGACUGCUCAACACCGGUAUCCAUACGCAUCCGGCUGAGAGGGUCAUCAGUCGGUUUCACUGUGGCAAGAGGUUUUUUCUAGUCCUUAACACGCUUCGGAUUGUCACCUGUGGAGCUGAAGCUCAGGAGGAGCACGAGAAGGCAGCACCCGAGCGACGCCUGAACGGGCGGCAUGCAUCUGAGCACCAGAGCCACAGCAGGCCCUCGAGCCGACUCCUUCGUCGGCACGCUGUGGACAGCAGGGGUGUUGUGGACAAGAGUGACGACUAUAGUGAUUCAGAUGAUCAGUACGAGGAAAGACCUUCACACAGGCAUCAUCGACAACAUCAUAGAAAACAAGGCGCUGCUGUGGAUGACACUGGCCAUGUCCAUAGCCACGGUGACCAGCAGCACGGCCAUGGCUACAUAGAGUCCUCCAAGGACAGAGGUCAUGCACGAGGCGUUUCUGCCCGAAGGCUUUCGAUGCAUUCCAUCCGAGAGGCCAGGGAGACGGAAGCGACUGAGGACGCCGGCCCGACUGGCAAUGCCACGGCAGAGGACGAGGACGAGGACGACGAGGAAGGAACAGACUCGGACGAGGAAGAGGCCGACGACGGAGCGGUGCAGGACUGCGAGUACAAUGAUUGGGGAAAAUGGACCCAGUGCAGCGAAACCUGUGGCGGUGGGUCACGAAAGAGGACUCGGACCGUCAAAACGAAGGCUCAGAACGGCGGGAAGGCCUGCGAAGCCGCCGAGAAGAAACAGACAGAGGAAUGCAACACCAAAGAGUGCCCCGUGGAUUGCGUCAUUAGCGACUGGCAGGACUGGGGCCAUUGUGCGCCCAACUGCCAGGGCCAUCGCAAGCGAAACCGGAUGAUCAUCCAGGCUGCAUCACACGGUGGCCAGGCUUGCGGUGACACGAAGGAGGAAGAGUCCUGCGAUGGCGUUUGCACUGACUGCGAGUACGAGGACUGGUCCGCUUGGGUGGAGUGCCCCGUGACCUGUGGCGGGGGCAACCAGAACCGGACACGGGACGUCGCAGUGCCGCCAACCAACGGCGGCAAGGCAUGUGUCGGGAACAAGACAGAGACGCGAGCUUGUGGAAAUGGCGCCUGCCCUGUCGACUGCGAGCUCAAUGACUGGUCGAAUUGGACAGCCUGCGAGCCAUACUGUGCAGGCAACAUGUCGCGGCAUCGCACGGUGAAGACUCUGCCGAUGAACGGCGGUGUAGCCUGCGGUGCAUUGAAUGAGACCCAGAAAUGCACCAACUUCUGUAUGGAUUGCAGCUGGUCGGAUUGGACUGCCUGGACGAACUGCACAGUGUCCUGCGGCGGCGGAACAAUGAACAGGAGCAGGGACCAGACCUUCGUGGCCACCGGCGGAGGAGGUGCAGCAGCCCUUCUUCAGCUCGCCGGCUCCCAGGUUUUCGGCUUUGAGAUGAAGGCGUCGAAGAGGUGCGACGCUGGUCACCAGGCCAGUGAUGCCUUACCACUCGCGGAGGCCCAGGAGAAGUGCAAGGCUUCCGCCGAUUGCCAGGGCCUUUCUGACCUUGGCUGCGACGGGAAGCAGGUGGUGCUUUGCAACUCGGGCUUUGUGCUGGAGGAGGACGUCUCUACAUGCGCUUACAACAAGAAGGAGAUCGGAGGAGGCAAGGCCUGCACAGGCGACGGAAUCGAAAAGAAGAAUUGCAGCACCGAUCCCUGUCCGGUGGACUGUGCCUACAGCGAUUGGGCUGACUGGUCCGCCUGCGAGCCCUAUUGCUCUGGGAACAAGACGCGGAGUCGCAGCAUCGUGGCCGAAGCAGCUCAUGGCGGCGUCGCUUGUGCCAAAGAGGAGCUGAAGGAAAAGAAGGCCUGCGCCAACUUCUGCAUGGACUGCCAAGUUUCGGAUUGGACGGAAUGGGACGCCUGCAGCGUCUCUUGCGGCGGUGGGCGCACCAAUCGGACGCGGACGGAGACGUACGUGAACCGCCCGAAUCUCACAGCCGCGAGUCUGCUGGAGGUCGGAGCUGCUUCGGCGGCCUUCGGCUACGAGAAGCGGCUGGGUGUGAGGUGCACGGAAGAAAGCCUGGGGCCAAAGAAGAAGGAGUUCCUUCCGGCACGGGCUGAGAGGAAAUGCAGCAACGAUCCCACCUGCUACGCGCUCUAUGACAGAGACUGCGAUGGCGGCCUUAGGUUUUGCCAAGCAGAUUUCGAGCUCGUGCCGGAAGAGGGGUCCUGUGUCUACGUGAAGAAGCAGAUCGGUGAAGGGGUGCCUUGUGACGGCAAGAUCUUGGAGGGCAGCAAGUGCAACAUCCAGAAAUGCCCCAUCGACUGCAAGUAUAAGGACUGGUCUGACUGGGGAUCUUGCAAUCCGCUCUGCGAGGGAACCCGAAGCAGGUCUCGAGAGGUGAAGAAGUAUGCUGCCUUUGGGGGCCAGCCCUGCGACAACAAGACUCAGACUGAGGAGUGCACCAACGUUUGUGUGGAUUGCGAAUGGUCUGAUUGGACGGCGUGGACGAACUGCUCUGCGACUUGUGGCGGCGGCAUGCAGGAACGUGGCAGAGGAAUCGCGGUGGAGGUUGAAGGCUAUGGGAAGAACUGCACCGGGGACGCAGAGGAGAAGCAAAAAUGCAACACACAGGACUGUCCUGUGGACUGCGAAACGAGUGACUGGAGUAGCUGGAGCUCCUGCGAGCCCUUCUGCAAGGGCAUGCAGAACCAGACACGGAGCAUCACACUGGAGGCGGCAAACGGCGGCAUGCCCUGCGGCCCGCUCUUCCAUUCCCGCGCGUGCAACAAUACAUGCCUGGACUGCGUGUGGGCAAAUUGGACCGAGUGGGGUCAGUGUUCAGCUUCCUGUGGCGGCGGAGUCCAGUCCCGCAGCCGCUACAUUUCACGCCCAAAAGUGGGCGAGGCGGAGGAUUGCGAAGGACCCUUGAACGAGACCCAGGCCUGCAACGAGCAGAGCUGUCCGAUUGAUUGCGUCCUGGCCGACUGGAGCGGAUGGUCGGAGUGCGAUCCCUACUGCAUCGGGACCCAGAGCAGAAACCGCGCCGUGGUCACUGCCCCCGAGUUUGGAGGGGUUCCUUGUGGGAACCUGUCUGAGACGCAGCGUUGCACCAACUUCUGCAUGGACUGCCAGCUGUCUGACUGGAGUGAAUGGGCUAUCUGCAGCAAGACCUGCGCUGGCGGAAGCCAGCACCGCUUGCGGGAUGAAGUGUACGUGCAACGGAUGGCCAGCCUCAUCGAGCUGCAAGCAGGCGCCGCCUCUUCCACAGGAGCCUGGGGCUACCAGAAGAAGAUGGGCGUGAGGUGUGACCCAAAGCACCAGAGAAGCGCGAAUAACGCUGGGACUCCUCAGGAGGCAGAAGCUGUGUGUAGUGCUGAUCCCACUUGCGGAGGUUUGUAUGACCAGGGCUGUGACAACUGGGUGACACUUUGCGAUGCAGACUUCACUCUUGAAAGUGAGGAAGGUUCAUGUUCCUACCUCAAGAAGGAGAUCGGUCAAGGCGUACCAUGCCAAGGGAACAUCAGCGAGACUGCGACUUGCAACGAGCAGAUGUGUCCAGUGGACUGUGUAAUGACCGAGUGGACUGACUGGUCGCCGUGUGAUCCCUUCUGCAACGGGACGCAAAAGCGCGAGAGGAACAUCACCACGCAUGCAGCCUACGGCGGGGUUCCCUGCGGUCCAAGUCUUGAGGACCAGAGGUGCAGCAACUUCUGUGUCGACUGCGCUUGGUCGGACUGGGCCGCUUGGCCACCGUGCACGGUGUCUUGCGGAGGCGGCACAGCGCAACGAACCCGUGCCAUCGAGACGCCGAAGCAAGGAGGCGGUCAAGACUGCACAGGCAGCGACCAAGAAACAAAGACCUGCAACGAGCAGGAGUGCCCCGCGGACUGUGAGCUCGGGAGUUGGACUGCUUGGAACGGCUGCGAACCUUACUGCGAAGGUUCGCAGACGCGGCAGCGGAAUGUCACACGAAAGGCCGCCUUCGGAGGCAAAUCCUGCAAUGCCUUGGCGGCUGAAGAGCCCGACUUCGCGGGCGGCGUGACGAAGCAAAUCCGACAGUGCUCAAAUCCGUGUGGUCCACAGGAUUGCCUCUGGUCCAAUUGGACCGAGUGGGGCGAGUGCUCUGCCUCCUGUGGCGGUGGGCUCCAGUCCCGCGACCGCCACAUUGCACGACCAAAGAGGGGCGAGGCUGAAGAUUGCACAGGACCCUUUAACGAGACACAGGCUUGCAACGAGAAGAGCUGUCCCGUCGAUUGCGUCCUUGCCGACUGGAGCGGAUGGUCGGACUGCGAUCCCUAUUGCGUUGGGAGUCAGAACCGGAACCGCAUUGUUGUCACGGCGCCAGAGUUCGGUGGGAUGCCGUGUGGGUCAGUGUCCGAGACGCAACGUUGCACCAAUUUUUGCAUGGACUGCCAGCUGUCCGACUGGAAUGACUGGGCUAGCUGCAGCAAGACCUGUGCUGGUGGAAGCCAGCACCGCUUGCGGGAUGAAGUGUAUGUGCAGCGUUCAGCCAGCAGCCUCAUCGAGCUGCAAGCAGGCGCCGCCUCUUCCACAGGAGCCUGGGGCUACCAGAAGAAGAUGGGCGUGAGGUGUGACCCAAAGCACCAGCGGGCUGGUGCCGCGACACCUCAGGAGGCAGAAGCUUUGUGCAGCGCUGAUCCCACCUGCGGAGGCAUGUAUGACCAGGGCUGCGACAACUGGGUGACGCUCUGCGACGCAGACUUCACGCUUGAAAGCGAGGAAGCCUCGUGCUCCUAUCUGAAGAAGGAGAUCGGUCAGGGCAUACCAUGCAAAGGGAACAUCAGUGAGACGGCCACUUGCAAUGCACACACGUGUCCUGUGGACUGUGUGAUGACGGACUGGGCCGAAUGGUCGGCGUGUGAUCCCUUUUGCAACGGGGUGCAAACGAGAGAGAGGAACGUCACAACGCAUGCAGCCUUCGGCGGUGUUCCUUGCGGUCAAAGCCUGGAGGACCAGAGUUGCAGCAACUUCUGUGUCGACUGUACUUGGUCGGACUGGGGCACAUGGUCGACAUGUACCCUGUCUUGCGGAGGCGGCACAGCGCAACGAACCCGUGCCAUCGAGACGCCGAAGCAAGGAGGUGGCCAGUGCACUGGAACCGGCAUGGAGGAAAAGACCUGCAACGAUGAGGAGUGCCCUGUGGAUUGCGAGCUCUCCACUUGGACUGCUUGGACCGGCUGCGAACCUUACUGCGAAGGAACGCAGAUGCGCUACCGAAAUGUUACGCAGGAAGCUUCCUUUGGAGGCAGGUCCUGCAACGCUGUGGCGGCCGAAGAGCCCGACUUCGAGGGCGGAGUCACGAAGCAGAUCCGACAGUGCUCCAACGAGUGUGUGGAUUGUGAGUGGGGUGACUGGGCGCCGUGGAGCAAUUGCAGUGCGUCGUGUCAGGGCGGCACCCACACGCGCAACCGAGAGGUUGCAGUGCCGGCAGAUGGUGGUGGCAAACAGUGCAAGGGCAAUGUCACAGAGGUCGGUGUCUGCGCCGACACGAUUGCAUGCCCGGUUGACUGCGUGAUGACAGAGUGGGGCGGAUGGACGCCGUGUACGCCAUACUGCAGCGGCAAGCAGCAGAGGAACCGGGUUAUCCUGACCCAGCCCUUUGCCGGUGGAGCUGCCUGUGGAGAGACAGCCGAGGAGAUAAGCUGCAACAACACGUGCAUCAAUUGCCAAGCUUCGUCUUGGACAGACUGGUCCGAGUGCUCGAAGACUUGCUCUGGUGGUACACAGCACAGGUCUCGUACCAUUCUCAAGCAGGCAGAGGGCGAGGGUACCCCUUGUCCAGAGGAGCUGGAGCAGACCAAGGAGGAUAUGUGUGCGCCCCUGGACUGCCCGGUCAAUUGCAUUUGGGGUGACUGGCUGCCCUGGAACGGCUGCAGCGCCACUUGCGGCGAGGGCACCCAAGACAGAACACGCGUGGAGGUCGUGUCCGCACAGUACGGAGGUACUGCGUGCGAGGGCAGCAACCGAGAGUGGCGUGCCUGUGAUGUGGAGAUCUGCCCCGUGGCGGCCUGGUCCCCACGCCAGGUGGCGACCAUGCCGCCAGAUCCAGGAAUGUCGAACCAGUACCUGGCGGAGGAGGAUGUCUACAGUGCCGGUGCCGAGGUGGAGUUUGGCAACUUCCGCUUCCGCUGCGCUGACGUCCUUGGCCGGGGCUCCUAUGGCGAGGUCUGGAGAGCACAGGUGCUCAGCGCCAAGGGUCGCUCGGAGCCCUCCGAAGUGGCACUCAAGGAGGUCCUGUGCCGCAGCCAAAGUGAGCUACGGCAGGCCAUCUUCGAGGUGCAGGUCCUCAUGGCCUUGGAGCAGGCGGCGUCGCCUCACCGACUGAAGCUGCGGGUUCCGCGCUGCAUCGCCUACAAGGUGAACGUCUGCUCUGGUGGCUGGAAGGUGCGGACUGCGAUGACGCUGGUGCCGGGACAGUCUCUGGACUACUUUUUGAGGCAGAAGCCUCCUCCCGGCUACACCGUCUCGACCGGCCUGCGCAGAGCGCUAAGCUUGGUGUCUUGCCUCUUGCGGGACAUCGGUCCGGCCCUUCAAAUGCUGGGACCGAUUGCUUGGCACCGCGACGUGAAUUCUCACAACAUUCUCAUCGAUGCUGCCGGCGAUGCCGACGAUUCCAACAUCGCGGCCAAUGCUUCGUUCUGGCUCAUCGAUUUUGGCUUAGCAGUAGACUCCCAAAGCUGGGUCUCGGAGCAGGGUAGAUGGAGGACGGAGUAUAUCGGAGGCGACAGUCGAUACUGGCCACCCAGUUCCUGGAUCAUGCAUCUUGUGGGUCCGGAGGGCUUCGACCACCGUCCGGACCUCUGCGAUCAAUACCAGCGUCGUCUGGACAUCCACGGUUUGGGCGUCACGGCCCUGGAGUUGCUCUGCACGGUGGCGAUGGCCUGUCCAUUGGCUGAUGAAGCUGAGGAGCAGGCACUGCAGCCAUGGGCUCCGAUCUUCCACGCCUGGACUUGCUACCGCGAGGCAGUCUGGCAAUGGUGGGCGACUGUCUAUGCCGUCUUCUCCGUUGGUGGAGAUCUUGCCCCGGUGCAAGCACAGCUCGUCGAGGAGAGAAUCGUGGAGCAGCUGCUGCUUCUCCUAACACGCAUCCGCAUUGCCCUACGAAGCUGUGCCGCGCAGCUUGCAGACUCGCAGCAAGCGCGACUUCUGCAAAUGAUUGCUGAUAUGCUGGACGAAGGGAAAGCCUUCGAACUGCGCGACAUCCAGAGGCUCGUCGGCGGCCCGAAGAUCGGGUCCCCCCGCCGGAGCACCUCCAUGGUGUCGAAGGAGAAGAGGGCGGAACAGACGCCGCCGCAGCGCUUCUGCAGCGUCCCGACCAAGGGCCGCCAGGCGCGAAACAGCACGGCUGUCGUGGCAACCAUGGCUGGCUUAGAGAAGUCGAGACGCGGCAGCGGCCAGGAUGUUCUGGGCCAAAGCUCCCGCAACACUCAAGCAUCCCCAGUCAGGACCCCGGCAGCGGACGCCGUGGCCAGCUGGCAAUCUCAAGCCGAUGCUGUGAUGGCUCGAAUGGCCAGUUCAGAACUGAGACUAAGAGGAGGUGCUUUGGUGCUUUGCGUUGCUUUGCAUAAGACCGCAAACCAGGCUCAGACCGGCGCCUGCCAGCGGUGCGUCGAGGGCCCUCGACCAGAAGCUGCUGCAGUUCCGACGGAGCACCGUGCAGAAGGCCUGCGGCUCAUGGCAGUCGCUGUGGCUGUGGUGUUCUUCGUGCUGAGGCCAAGCAGCGGCUCCAGACUGAGCAUAGCCGGGAUAGGGCCAGUUGGCUCUCAAGUGUCUUUCAAGGAUAAUGCCGCCAGCCGUUCUGGAACGUGUACAGCAUGCGAUCGGCUCAUCCUGCGGGGUGAUCUGACGCGGCGGCGUCCUCCCAAUAACAAGGCAGUCGCAAAAGCGGACACGAGGGUGAACGGAGUGUCAACGGUCAACGAAAGCGCAGUCGUGCUUUUCUGGCCAGAUGCAGAGUCACCUCGGUCCGUUCUUGUCGAGAAGGUGGGAGAAGGUGCUGACUGCGACGGACAUUCUGAGGAGUCAGAGCCCUGCGCUCAACAAGGUUGCCCGCGGGACUGUGUCCUCCACGAUUGGGAGCCGUGGUCCGACUGCUCCCACACCUGUGGGCCGCUUGGCAGACGGAAGCGGAUCCGGGAUGCCGAGUCGGAGAUCGAAGGCGGCAGGCCUUGUAAUGAGUCGAACGAGGAGUACGAGGCUUGCGGCCUUGAGGGUUGCCCUCGCAACUGCAUCUGGGGUGAUUGGGGCGGCUGGAGCAAUUGCACACAGAGCUGCGGCAAAGGCAUCGCAUUCCGGAACAGGAUCCAGCUUGUGGUGGCUGCCUAUGGUGGAAACUGCGUAGGCAGUGCUACGCAGACAGAAUACUGCAACGAUGUGCCUUGCCCUGAAGAUUGCACCUGGAACGACUGGGGCGAGUGGACGUCGUGCACGCAAUCCUGUGGAGGAGAUGUCACGGGGCUGCGGCCUCAGGACAAAGUCGCGGCUUCGCACGAAGUCAGGGCCAUUUACUGCUGGGCAGGUCUGGAGCAACUCCAGCAGAUGCGGCAGGCUUCUCAGCGUCUGGAUGAUGUCAGCCUCGGCGCAGCUCUGCGUGGAUGCCGCGGUGCCUGGCCAACGGCGCUGGUAUUGCUGGCAGGUCAUCCCCCGAAUGUGGUGGGCUACAACGCGGCAAUGACGGCGUGCGGGGUUUGCAGCCAAUGGCAGAUAGCCUUUGGUAUUCUGGAAUGGAUGAAGCGCCGGUCUGUCCAGGCCGAUCUUUGGAGCUACAAUGCCUUGAUCAAUGCUGUUGAAGUGGCCGCGAGUUGGGAGUUGGCGCUGCAGCUGCUGGAAGAGGCUCGGCAGCUCCAGCUUGCACCGGAUUCCUACUCCUUUGGUUCCUGCAUCAGCGCCUGCGAAGCUAGUGGAGAGUGGCAGGUGGCACUGCACUUGCUCGCGCAGAUGGAGCUGCAAGGCCUACUUGAGUCGAUACCCUCCAAUGCGGCGAUCAGUGUCUGUGCCACAGGUCAUCAAUGGCAGCAUGCCGUAGCGGUGCUGCAAGACAUGUGUAAGAAAAGGAUGCAGAUCGACAUCAUUGGUGUCAAUGCAGCUAUCAGCGCCUGUGCGCGCAGUGCACGAUGGGAGGAAGCUCUGUCUCUCUUGCGCUCCGUGUAUGCCCUGCAACUCCAAUGCACAGUGGUCAGUUGCAAUGCAGCCACAACCGCAUGCGAGAAGAGCGGCGAGUGGCAGCUCGCCUUGGCUUUGCUCCAGGAGAUGCAGCAAAGGCUGAUGGAGUCAACGGUGAUCAGCUUUGGCGCAGCCAUCAGCGCCUGCCAGAAGGGGUCGCAAUGGGAUGCUGCCCUGGCCCUCCUCGGUCGCAUUGGGGAGGUCAAGCUGCAAGCCAACGAGAUUUGCUUUUGUGCUGCGAUGACAGCUUGCGCAGCUGCUGGCCAGUGGAGGAGGAGCAUGGACAUCAUUGAUGCGAUGCUAGACGCAGGCAUUGAUGGUUUCCAUGGUGCUGAUUAUGAUCACACCUUUCAGGCUGGAAGUUCUGUCGACUGCUUCAAGCACUCCGUCUUGACGAUGCUGCUUCAAAGUUUGUCUUCAGUUGAAGCGCCGUUCACCUAUGUUGAUACACAUGGAGGAUGGGGCUUGUACAACUUGACCCACGGUUCUGACACGUACCACAACUCUCAGUUUGGUGUUGCGCAGCUGGAUACAGCUGAGCAGCUCCAUCCGACAAUCCAGGCUUAUCUCGAGAAUUCGCACAGGCUCCGCAGCGCGGGCAUAGGCUCCCAGCUCUACCUGGGCUCGCCCUUGCUGGCGCAGCAGUGGUUGCGCCCCCAGGAUCGAGCCAUCGUUUUGGAGAUGGCUCCCAACGUGCAUGCUAAGCUUCUUCAGCACCAGAAGAUGCUUGAUCCCACCGGCGUGUCAAAUGCCGAAGUCCUCCGAGCCAACUCCUACUGGUGGUUGCUGCGGGCUGCCGGGCCCGAGACUUUCAGCCAAAGGGGGUUGGUCCUGAUGGAUCCACCGUACGAGCCGUACCAGUCCUUCAUGGCAUGGAACCUCCACGUGCUGCAGUUCUUGGAAUCCAAGUGGCCCAGUGCCUGUGUGGCCGUGUGGUAUCCCUGCCUCGACGGACCGCAGCUUCGAAACCUCUACCAGGGCCUCAAUGGUCUCGGGAUGCGCCACGUCCUGGUGGUGGAGUUUGGGUUCCGAGACUCAGCGGCCGACUCGCUCCAAAAUUCAGGUUUUCUCAUCCAGAACCCUCCCGAGCGCGCGGUCGAGCACCUGCGGGAGUUGCUUCCAGCACUGGGGCGGGCGAUGGGAGCUUCAGCUGCUUGGCUCGCAGUGGUUCCAGAAGCUAUGUCUUUGGUUGAGAACACAUCUGCCCAUGGAGCAAGGCUACCAUCCGUGCACGCCUAUGGCCCCUUGGGUCUCAAUUGCACCGGGGAGCCAUCGGAAGAGGAACUUUGCGACACAGAGCUGCCUUGCCCAAUCGAUUGCCAGUUCGAGGACUGGAGCGACUGGGGCAAAUGCCAGCUCCAGCCCUGUGGCCCCGCCCAGCGCCUGCGCAGCCGCGAGAAGGGCUCGGCGCAGUUCGGUGGCGCACCAUGCAAAGGCAAUCUCAGCGAGGUGGAGGACUGCGAGAUCCCCGGAGCGCCGCCUGUGCCUCCCUGCAAUGUGACCGUCCCCUUCUCUCCCGAAAACAACCAAACCUCGGAGCCGGAGGGAGACGAAUCCACGGUGACGAACCCACCUGCCGGAUCGGCGGAGGUGAAUCCGCCGAAGCCUCCUCUGGAGGCAGCAGCCGUCGCCGCGAAGGAAGCGGCGCAGCAGAACGCCACGCCUGACGAGCAGGCGGCCGCAGCAGGGCAGGCGGCAGCUGCAGCGCCCGGGGGCAACCCGACCGUGGCAGCUGAGGCAGCACAAAAAGCUGCCGAGGCAGCAGGCGAGAGCCCCACGAAGCAGGUCGAGAUGGCAGUUCAGGCAGCGGCCAGCGCCGCUGCUCGUUCCAGUGGAGGCAAUGCCACCAAGGCGAGCACAGCAGCUGCCAAAGCAGCCACGAAGGUGGCGGCCGCAUCAAAUCUCACAAAAGCCGAGGAAGCCGUAAUCGUUGCAAGCGCUGCGCGGGAGUCUGCCUCAGAGUCGGGCGCGGAUGUGGAAUCCGUGGGCAAAGCAGCUGCUGCAUCGGCGAAGGCAGAGGGUGCAACACCCGAAGAGCAAGCGGCAGCCGCAGCUGUUGCCGCAUCGGAUGCGGCGAAGAAGCAGGGCGCCAAUGCAACGCAGGCUGCCGAAGUCGCCAUUGCUGCAGCCAAAGCCGCUGGAGCCACGCCGCAGGAACAAGCUUCUGCCGCCUCCGUGGCCUACACCCGCGCUGGUGGCAACGACACGCUGGAUACCGGAAGCUUCGGUUUGCCACCCGCUGUGCACCGACCGGUCGUCUCCGAGAAGGAAGCCGAAGAGAUCGCCGAGAAGGAACCCGAGGCUGUGGAGGGCAGUGAAGUGCUGGAGGUGAGCGACCCUGAGACCUUCAUGCACGAUGCGGCAGCUCUCGAGGCCGUUCGCGAUGCCUUGGCUGAAGAGCUUGGUGUCGACCCGGAUGCCAUCAUCAUCAAGGGUGCGGAGGCCGCAUCAGUCUCUGCAAACUCGCCAUCAAUGCUGGAGAUGGGCCGAAAGUCUUCAGCGAUGGCCAGGCGACAAGCUCCUGCAAAAGGAGAGGUGAACAUCACUUACGAGGUCGUGCCAAGUAUCAGUGGUAAAAGCGACGAAGACGUCGUCAAGGCUGUCGCCGCGCUGGAUGGACAAACAGCUUCCAAAGUGCACGAGAAGGUCUUCGCAUCCAAGAACCUCCCUUAUGCAGUCCAGGUGUCUGGUUUAGACCUCUUCGUCGAGAACAAGGAGACUGGAGCUGCGGUUCUUGAAAGCACCAUCACAGGGUUGAACCAAAGAAGCGGUGCAACUCUGGCGACACUGGCUGCGCCCCUGUCAAGUGUCGUAGCGCUCUUCUCAUUUUUCUGGUUCUGA